AUGAACGACCAUUCACUAAAGCGGAGCUACAGACGGUCCCGCGCGCAGCCUUGUUGCAGUGUCACGCAGGAGUGCGGGAUGCUGAAGCGGGACCGGGACACUCUGCGGAAGUGCUCCGUACGUCUGGUGAAGGAGCUGGUCGUGGAUGAGCUUCUCAUUCAGACACUGGUGGAAGAUGCCAUCCUGACGGAGAAUAUGGCAGAGAGCAUCAUGGUACUGAAAACUUCUCAACAGAGGAGCUUUCAGCUGGUACUUCUUUUACCAAAGCGAGGACCCAGAGCUUUCAAGAGCUUCUGCUCAGCACUCAAACAAACUGAACAGGAGCACCUGUGCGACCUGCUCACACGAGCGACAGAGGAAGAGGGCAGAGAUGUUUUUUUGGAUUCUGUCCAGCCUGAGACAGAGACAACAGGACGACCAGGGCGGCUGGAACGAACAGACAACAAGAGAGAGGCGCCAUUUUUAAACAGAGAGAGUGAGGUGAGCAGCAGCACGUCGUACCCCGUCCAUGACUCAGAUAGCUGCCGCUGCUGCCGCUCAGAGCCUUCAGCCAGAGAUGAGAACAAAGAAAGACAAAGGUUGAAGGCAAGAGGAAGUGAUAAGCACACAGAUAGAUCUGGAUCUUCGUUGCCACUUCCAACUCAAGAGGAGUUUGCUCCAAAGAGAGCAAAGACUCUCGAGUCCAUGGAGUUCAGCCUCGACGCCGACAGUCCCAUCAACACCCCCGUUCUGGCGUGCUCAGCUGACUUCUACCGGUCUCACAGCCAACAGUCUUACAGGAUGAAUUCAUCUCCUCGGGGUUUAGCCUUGGUGAUCAGCAACAUCACCUUUGACCCCUGCGCUUCCUCUGAGCUCGACCCACGGAAGGGAGGUGAGGUGGACGACGAGGUCCUCAGGAAGCUGUUCACCGAGCUGGACUAUUCGGUCAAUGUCCACAGAGACCUUACUGCUCAGGAUAUGAAGAUGUGCAUCGAGAACUUCUGCAGACGACCAGAUCACCAGAAUGUCGAUAGCUGUGUGGUGUGUCUGCUUUCCCAUGGGGUGGAUGGAGCAGUUUAUGGCACAGAUGGACAGCUGCUGCCGCUGGACUGGGUGUUUGAGGCCUUUGAUAACGCGCAUUGCCCGCUGCUGCAGAACAAGCCAAAAAUGUUUUUCAUUCAGGCCUGCAGAGGAGAUGAGAUGGACUGUGGCGUGGAGCAGAUAGACGGGCCAGCAAGGACCUUUUCACCAACCUGUGAACAGCGGGAUGCUGGGAGGGAGGAGCAGGGAGAUGCAGACGGCAGGCAGAGAGCGAGCACAGGGAGGCAAAGGAUUAAACUGCCUCAGCGGUCGGACAUGAUCUGCGGCUUUGCUUCUCUCAAAGGUCAGAGAAUUUGCACAGCAGCCAUGCGAAACACCAAGAAAGGAUCCUGGUUUAUCCAAGAACUGAAUACAGCACUCCGCCUCAAUGCCCGAGACACUCACCUAGCAGACAUCCUCGUGCAGGUCAACAGACGUAUUAAGGAGCGGGAGGGUUACGCCCCCGGCACGGCCCACCAUCGCUGCAAAGAGAUGUCAGAGUUCACCAGCUCACUCUGCAAAGACCUUUACCUCUUCCCCAAGUACCAGCCCCAGUGUUGAAAUGCAAGAAGUGCACUUUAGGUCGAUCGUUUCCGUGCAGCCUCCCAAGCACGGGCGUCACGGCAGCUCAGAGCAUGCCCCCUACUGCCACACAUUCCCUGUUACAGGAGACCAACCGUGAACCACCUUUUCCAGACACAGAAAGAAAGUAUUGGGGGAAAAAAGACGAGCAGGUUAGCCGAUCUACAAACAAAAACAUGCUCUUUUAUAUAUAUGUGUUUGUGCUCAUGCCAGUUAGUGGGCUUGUAUUUGAUUCCUGUCAAACCCCACAUGUACUCUGUUUCCCAAAUCAUUAUUUUUACAAAGCUUUUUUUUUUUUUUUUUUUUACACAAAUCUAUUUUUCUGGCUUGAUUUUAUAUGAAAUUGUUUUUUUUGUAAGAAUUUUUACAGCCAUUUUGUAUUUUUAGUAAACUGACAGGCAGGUGGCAGCACAGCAAAGACUAAUGCUUUUCAUCAGCUCUUAAUCAUAAAUAUUUAUACCCUGCAGAUUAAAAUCAAUCUGUUCCGUUCGAACCAAAGCUUGUUACUAAAAGUAAAGAAAUCAAACUUAAAGAGAACAACUUUUCCCCCUUUAGUGUGACUUACAGGAUGACUUCUGAAGGAUGUCUUGAGGUCUUUUUAUUCGUAAUUUCUGUGUAUUUUUGCUCAAACAAGCAGCAUUUUAACCAUAAAUAUCUACACUCGUUAUUUUCAGGUAAAGCCCUCCUGUUCAUGUCAGGCUGAGGGGCUAACUGUGGUGCUACAUUCACAAACUUUGAUCUUUAUUUCUAGUAUUUCUCUCCAUGUGGGAGUUUUAUGGUCCAUUCGACUGUACCUGAUACAGUAUGGAGGGAAGGCAUUUGGUUGCGCCUCUGCUGUGCCAUCUUUUCAUACACAGAAGUGUUUGUGAAAGGUGCGUGAGCACAGACAGGAAGUUCCCUUCCAGGACCAACCGUGUUCAGUCACCACAGUGUUGAUGAGUAAAUAACCCCCACAUGUGGUCAAAACAGUAUUUGUAACAGAAGAUGCUGUUCUUUGCACAGCUUUAUUCUCUUAUUCAGGACACAGUCUAUUGAGAGGAUUAAAGUGAUUCUUUUUGGACUCAUCACUUCCGACUGCCAGAGACACAAUAAAACUCCAUUUCUUUUGAUGAAAA